AUGCUCUUCGACAUCGGCGUCGACGCGUACGUGAUCGUGCGGCGCAUCUUUUACCAGUGGGUGUAUGGGCGGGGCCUCUACAUCAACGAGCUGAUGGCGAGCAAGCUCCCGCUCCUCGGCUGGGCGAGCAUGCUCAUCACCGUGACGCUGCAGUCGCGCGAGCGGCGGAAGAGCACGCCCGGCCUGCUCAACCAGGCCGAGGAGAGGUCGGCGCGCGUCUCGCUCGCGCUGCUCUUCGGGCGGCUGAUGAUGUCCGUCCUCUUCCUGUACGUCGGCCUCUCGGAGCUGCACCGCCUCCUCUUCCAGCCCUACACGCCGUACUUGCCCGGCGACGGGCACGACGUCGUCUGGCCAAAGGCGGUCGAGCUGCUGCUCGCGGCUGUGACCAAGCUGCUCGCCGCCUCGCUCGUGCUCGAGGCCUUCCGCGCGGUCGGGACGGCGACGUGUCGAUGGCACGUCCUUGACACGUCCACGGACACCUCCACACAGGCCUUCUACGCUUGGUCGUGGCGCGCGAUCCACUACCGCGAGCACUUUAUGACCAACGUCGCGACUGCGGGCGGUCUGUUGUUGCUCGUCAAGUUGGGCGGCGGCCGCUACACCGUCGACGAGCUCGUCAAGAAGAAGGACUAG